AUGGGACAACCACCCACCACAGUGCUAUGACGAGCUGGGCUGGCACAGGAGGGUGCUCUCAUAGCAAAGUGGGGUCAGUGUGGCUGUGCUGGGAUGGGAGGGUGGCAGCCACAGCCUCCCUGUGCUGGGGGUCUGGAUGCACUGCAGUGAAGUGUUUGCCUUCCUCCAGGAUGGGGAGUGGUGGGGAUGGCUGUUCCUGGACUAAGCAAAGCCCCCAGGAGCCCCACAGCCCCGAGCAGGGGGCAGCACCUGGGCAGGCAGCGUGAGGGCUGCCCGCAGCAAGUUACUUCCCUAAAAAUGAUGUAUGCAAAUCCUUGUGCAAGUGAGGCAUUCGGGUUUUCUCUUUACUUCUCCUGGGGGCACAGAACCGAUGGGAAGUGACAAUGCUCUGGUCCCAUCCUGUACCCCAUCCUUGCUGCUCUCGUCCCGUGGCGGGUGAAGGAAUGGCUCCCUGUCCCGAGCAGCCCUGGUCGGGGCUGAGGACCGGGAUGUCACUGAGGGCUGGGACAGGGAGUGUCGUACCGGAGAGGGGCGGAGCCACACCGGGACAGGAGGCAACACCCACCGAACUCGAUAUGGUGGCAGCAGCAGUGGAUUUGGCUUUGGACGGGGACCGGGACCGUGACAGCAGCCAAGGUGAGAGAAGAGCCCCCAGGGCAGCGAGGUCAGUGGGACUCAGAGCCCCCGGUAAAGGGCUGCCCUUCGCCUUCCCUGCCUGAGACAGCAGAGCUGCUGCAGUGCUGCCCUGUGCUGGAUUCGGCCCCUGUCCUGUCCCUGCUAGGUGUGGUGGCCCCUGGAUGGGAACCGAAGUCUGGGGAUGGCAGGGGGGCAAUGCCAAUGAAAUGGAUGCUGGGGUGCUGGGAAGGAGGAGGUGAUGCUGUGGUGUCGCUUCCUCUCCCCACAUUUGGGCUCAGCCACAGGAGCUGCAGAACAUGAGGUGCACCAGGGGAUCCCCAAUGCUACCAGGUCACUGCAUGGGACAGUGCCUCAAGACGUGGAGACUUGGUGACUGUGAGGUGCUCAGACACAUCUGCUCUGCUGGAGAGCACGGUGGGCAAAGGCUCUGGCUUGCUGUAAAGGACCAGGAGUGAAGGUGACGCGGCUGGGAGGUGGCAGUGAUAGUCUCUCGAGGACCGUGGGACUGAGGUGGUGCUAUGCAUGUCCCCCACAGUGCCACAGCCCUUUGCUUCCUCCUUCGCUGCACUCUUCUCCUUUCCCUGGGCUGAGGUCUCUGUCGGAGAGAGGGAAGUGCCUUUUGGGGGCUUUCCCUGCACCACUGCUGCUGGCAGCACAUUUUCCUACUGACAUUUCUUUGGGGCAGAGUCUGGCUUUUGCUUUUGUGGAGCCCAACCUGUUGGUGUGAGCAGGGCUGUGGACACCAAGCUGUGCUGGAGUGGGAACUGUGGGUGUGGGGCUUUUGGUGCUGUUGCAACUUCUCCCCCUUCCCCCCUCCCCCCCCCCCAUGCCUUCCUCACACACACACAGGAUGGGUUGCAUGAAGUCAAAGGAAGACAGCAUCCAAGAGAAGAUGCAGUUGGGCCAUGAUAAGAAGGACCCAGCAUCUGGCAGCAAGCAACACGAUGAACACGGAGUGUCUGUGCCCCUGCUGGCGGAUGGCUCAGGGGACAACGUGGUGCUGGCACUGUAUGACUAUGAGGCGAUGCACUCUGGGGACCUGAGCUUCCAGAAAGGGGAGCAGCUGCAGGUCCUGGAGCAGCUGGGAGAGUGGUGGCAGGCACGGUCGCUGGUGACAGGGCGCAAGGGCUUCAUCCCCAGCAACUUCGUCGCCCGAGCUAACUCACUGGAGGUGGAAGAGUGGUUCUUCAAGGGUAUCAGCAGGAAGGAUGCGGAGCGGCAGCUGCUCAGCCCCGGGAACACAUUGGGAUCCUUCAUGAUUCGGGACAGUGAGACGACCAAAGGUUGCUACUCCUUGUCGGUGCGGGAUGUGGACGGCCUGCAGGGAGGCAGCAUCAAGCACUACAGGAUCCGGACACUGGAUAGUGGUGGCUUCUACAUCUCCUCACGCAGCAGUUUUGACACACUGCAGGAGCUGGUGGAGCACUACAAGGGGCAGAGUGAUGGGCUGUGCCAGAGGCUCACCUACCCCUGCAGUGUGCCCAGACCCCAGAAGCCCUGGGAGAAAGAUGCCUGGGAAAUUCCUCGGGAGUCACUGAAGCUGGAGAAGAAGCUGGGAGCCGGGCAGUUUGGAGAAGUGUGGAUGGCAACCUACAACAAGCACACCAAGGUGGCAGUGAAGACAAUGAAACCCGGCAGCAUGUCUGUGAGUGCCUUCCUGGAGGAGGCAAACCUCAUGAAGGGCCUGCAGCACGACAAGCUGGUGAGGCUGCACGCUGUGGUCACCAGGGAGGAGCCCAUAUUCAUCAUCACCGAGUUCAUGGAGAAAGGGAGCCUGCUGGACUUCCUGAAGAGUGAGGAAGGCAACAAGCAGCCACUGCCAAAGCUGAUCGACUUCUCUGCACAGAUUGCAGAAGGAAUGGCUUUUAUUGAGAAGAGGAACUACAUUCACAGAGACUUGAGAGCUGCCAACAUUCUCGUGUCAGCGAUGCUGGUGUGCAAGAUUGCAGACUUUGGGCUGGCCAGGAUCAUUGAAGACAAUGAGUACGUAGCUCGGGAAGGUGCCAAAUUUCCCAUUAAAUGGACUGCGCCGGAAGCAAUCAACUAUGGAUCUUUCACUAUAAAAUCUGAUGUCUGGUCCUUUGGGAUCCUCCUGACUGAGAUCAUUACCUAUGGGCGCAUCCCAUACCCAGGGAUGUCGAGCGCGGAGGUGAUCAGAGCUCUGGAGCACGGCUACCGCAUGCCCCGUACGGAAAGCUGUCCUGAGGAGCUCUACGAUGUCAUGAUGAGAUGCUGGAGAACCAAACCAGAGGACCGUCCCACCUUUGAGUACAUGCAGAGCAUUCUGGAGGAUUUCUUUACUGCGACAGAGGGCCAGUACCAGCAGCAGGCAUAGAGCAGAAAGCGUGGUGAAGGCAGCGGAGAGCACUGUGCACGCCAUCCCAGCAGCACCACACGCACCCUGCUCCUCCCUGUCCCACUUGUGGUGUUCAGUGUGCGCCUUCCUCAUCUGCCAGCCUGGUACAGAAAAUGAUGGCUUCCAGAUGUGGCCUGGUGGGGCAAAAGUGGAGCAGUUCAUCUGAGCCUCUGGGUACAGCACUGCAGCACUUCAUCUCAUCCCUGCCCCGGGGCCCUGCGGAGGUGUCACAUGAACCACAGCUCCCUUUGGGUGUCCCACACACUUCUUGUGGUGCUUCAUCUGCUGAGGGUGAGGAAUGCACACACAGUGGGGCUGAUUGCACCUCAGUGAUAUCAUACAAUCACAGAACCACAGAACACGGUGGGAUGGAAGGGACCCACGAGGAUCACUGAGCCUCUCUGGGACCAUGGCUGCAUCAGCAGCACUGCAGGGCUUUGCACGAUGAGCAAUGAAUGUUCCUUACGUACUCAGUUUGUCCUUCUGGUUUUCUUAGUAUUUAAUGAUGUGGCAUCUGGGGAAGAAGAGAGGGAGAAUUAUUUUUAUACAGAAUUUUUGUCCCCUACUUCUUACAACAGAGAGACAGCGAUUUUUGUUUUCUCCUCACAUAAACAAACACCGCUGUCUGCUGGCUUUAA